AUGACUGGGAACCGUAGAGCUGCCCCGACUGCACCAGGCACCCCUGCUACCCCAACCCACUUGCCAAAUGCAGCAACUACCCCAGACCAAAAACAAUCUGCAGGUCACAAUCCCGACAAAUUCAUGAGUGAACUGCGCAGCAUCCACAUGCCAUCAUGGGCCGUUGCUGGCCUCUGCAUUGUGAGUUUGUGCGUGGUGCUGUCGUGUGCCGUGUGUAUGUGGAAGAAGUGCUUGAAAAAGAAGGACAAGGACAAAGAAAAGGACAAGAAAAAGGGAAAAGAGAAGAGCAAGGGAGAUUUUGACACUGAAAUGGAUGGAGGUUACAACAAGCCGCUGAAAGAUGAAAGCAACAAAGAAACAGAGCUGUCAGAUAAUGAGCCCAAGGAGGAGGAGAAGCUGGGCAGGCUGCAUUUCACAUUAGACUACAACUUCACAGAUAACAUGCUGGUGGUAGGCAUUUUGCAGGCUGCUGAGCUUCCUGCGAUGGAUGUGGGAGGUAGCUCUGACCCUUAUGUUAAACUCUAUCUGCUCCCAGACAAAAAGAAAAAGUUUGAAACCAAAGUUCACAGGAAGACCCUGGAACCCAACUUCAAUGAGACUUUUACAUUUAAGGUACCUUACACUGAGCUGGGUGGGAAGACGCUGGCGAUGACUGUGUACGACUUUGACCGAUUCUCAAAACACGAUGCUAUUGGUGCUGUGAAGAUACCGAUGAGCAGUGUGGACUUCAGCCAAUCUCUGCAGGAGUGGAGGGAUCUGCAGAAGGCAGAGAAGGAGGAGAGUGAGAAGCUUGGAGACAUAUGUUUGUCCCUGAGGUAUGUGCCCACUGCAGGGAAACUGACGGUGGUGAUUUUGGAGGCCAAAAACCUAAAGAAAAUGGAUGUGGGUGGAUUAUCAGACCCUUAUGUGAAGAUCCACUUAAUGCAGAAUGGGAAAAGACUCAAGAAAAAGAAAACAACGAUAAAGAAGAACACUUUGAACCCUUACUACAACGAGUCUUUCAGCUUUGAAGUUCCAUGUGAACAGAUAGAGAAGGUGCAGGUAGCAGUGACUGUGUUGGACUACGAUAAGAUUGGGAAGAAUGACGCCAUCGGGAAGGUGCUGCUGGGCAGUAACAGCACUGGGACUGAGCUAUGCCACUGGUCAGACAUGCUGGCUAACCCACGGAGGCCAAUAGCCCAGUGGCAUAGCCUCAAACCAGAGGAUGAAGUCAAUGCACUAAUGUCCAGCAAGAAAUGA